AUGGAACCGGCGGCAACUUCAUCUAUACGGAGUCUUCUCUACAUAAUGCUUCUGUUGUACUCUAGCCUUCUUAUUGCUACAGCAACCUCUCAGGGUGAUGAGUCCAGGCAAGCUAAUAACAAACAUGUUGCUGUCUUUGUGUUUGGAGAUUCGCUCUUCGAUCCAGGAAACAAUAACUAUCUCUAUGUUAGCAUUGAAGGCAAGGCGAAUUUUACACCAUAUGGAGAGAGUUUGUUCGAAUAUCCGACUGGAAGAUUCUGCGAUGGCCGUACCGUCCCUGACUUUGCUGCAACGUACUUAAAUUUACCGCUUUGGGAACCAUACUUACAACCUGGAAGUCAUAAUUUUAGCAAGGGAGCUAAUUUUGCAAGUGCUGGAGCUGGUGUUCUUGAAGAAAGUAGUCCAGAUAGGCUUUACAGCCAAAAACAGCUAAAGUAUUUUAAUGAGGUGGCCAAUUUACUGAAGCAGCAACUCUGUGAUGCAGAGGCCAAAAAGAUACUAGCCGAUGCAAUCUAUUUGUCUAGCUUUGGAGGCGUUGAUUACAUGACUUUCAUCAGAAGUAUUUCUAAUCCUACCGAAUUACAACAACGGGAACAUGUAAACAAGGUGAUUGGAAAUUUUACAGAUGUGAUUAAGGAAAUAUAUGAAAUGGGAGGGAGGAAAUUUGCAUUUCAGAAUGUGGGACCUUUGGGAUGCACACUACGAAUGAAACAAGAGUACGAUCUUAGUGGUGGUGCUUGUGUAGAAGUGCUCCAAGAAAUCGCUAGUCUUCACAAUAGUCUUCUGUCUAAUGUCACUACGAAGUUGCAAAGCCAAUUAUCAGGAUUCGAUUACGUAAUUUUUGAUUUCUUCAAUUCACUUAAGGAUAUGAUAAAUUAUCCUACAAAAUAUGGUUUCAAUGUGUCAGAAAUUGCAUGUUGUGGCAUCGGUUCACGCCGGGGUUUCGAAUGUGGAAGAGUAAAACAAUAUGAACUGUGUAGUGGUCCUAAUGAGUAUGUGUUUUUCGAUGGAGGCCAUCAAUCUGAACAUGCUAAUUCUAUAUUAUCCAACUUCUUGUGGAAUGGAGGAUCAGAUUUUACAUGGCCUAUUAGCAUGAAGCAACUUUAUGAACUCAAUUCCACCAUUCCCAUUGAGAUUUUAUCUGAAGAUAAACUUUUGUUUUCCAUCCUUCUUAUUGCUCCAGCAAGCUCUCAGUGCGAUGAGUCUAGGCAAGUUAAUAACAAACAUGUUGCUGUCUUUGUGUUUGGAGAUUCGCUUUUUGAUCCAGGAAACAAUAACUAUCCCUAUGUUAGCAUUGAAGCCAAGGCAAAUUUUACACCAUAUGGAGAGAGUUUUUUCGAAUAUCCGACUGGAAGAUUCCGCGAUGGCCGAACCGUCCCUGACUUUGCUAGUAUGGUAGCUAGCUAG